AUGUGUUUAAUAUCGGGACUUUGCCUCACGCCUUCGUCCGCUGCUGCUUCCUCUGCGCCUUCUUUCGCUGCUGCCUCCUCUGACGCAUCAUCUCUAAUUUUACCUUCACAAGAGGUUGUUAACCUUACAACCACAAUGUUUCCACCCUCUCCAUUGUACACUUGCCAUCAUUACAUAUUCAUUUACGAAAGCUACCCAGGAGUCUGUGACGUGGAUAAAAUGAAACAUAGUCCACACGGCGCUUAUGCAGUAUCAGGUACCGGGGAAUUUUCUAUCAAUACAACGAAAUCAACAAGUCCAAAGAUUAAAAUUUCCAUUAAUGGACCAAAAAGUGCCAAAGGUCUUUUAAUAUAUGUUCAAAAUGAUAGCGGAGAACAUUUUGGAAAAUUUGAAAAUACAAAUGAUUUAUUCAGUUUUAAGGAUUGUGAUGAGCAAAACCAACACAGUACUUUAACUCAUAACUCUGCAGUUGAAAAACAACUUCCGUUUGACUUCGAAUGGUCACCUGAAAAUGAUAAAGCAAACGGUACUGUUCAGGCUAUCGUAUUGGUGUCUUUUUCCGAGUGGUAUAAAUUGGAUGAACAGUCUAUCAGUUCUUAG